UACACUCCACCGCUUUCCCCUGCCUUCUAUUUGAAUCUCUCUCUCUAAAAUUUUUAGGUUGGGUUCUGCCCCAAAUUCCUUUGAUUUUAUUAAGAUCGGGCAACUGAAAUCGAAUUCAGGCGAAAAGACUCUAUGGGAACUCUACCGGGACCAGUAAUUUGCCGUCCUGCUGUUCAUGUAAGGCAUGGAAGAGUCCACUAUCCACUUAUAAACUCUUCUUCUUUAACAACCAAAGGAGGGUUUCUUAAAAGUGGUUUUUGGGGUUCUAGAAAGAAGUAUGGGUGCAUGAUCAGAGUGGGCUUUCAAUUCUCAAAGCAACAUGAGAGGAAAAAAGGAUUAAUACGCUGCACUUUUAGUUCUUCUUCUGAUGGUAAUGGAAGCAUGGCUGAGAACUUCAGUGAGAGUGAUGGAGAUUACGUGAAUUCAAGUGUGAUUGAAGCUGUGGAGGUGAAAAGUGGUUCAGAUGGUUUCUUGAUAAAAAUGCGUGACGGCAGACAUUUAAGAUGUGUUCACAACAACCCCCAUGGUGGACCCUUGCCAGAUUAUGCUCCUCAUCCUGCUAUUGUAUUGAAGAUGGAAGAUGGCAGUGAUCUUCUUCUUCCUAUUAUUGUCUUGGAGAUGCCAAGCAUUUUGCUUAUGGCUGCAGUUCGGAAUGUUCAAAUUGCUAGGCCAACAAUAUAUCAAGUUGUAAAAGAGAUGGUUGAUAAAAUGGGUUAUCAGGUGCAACUUGUUCGGGUCACCAAAAGAGUACAUGAGGCAUAUUUCGCUCAGCUGUACCUUAUCAAGGCUGGAAAUGAGAAAGAAAGUAUUAGCUUUGAUCUCAGACCUUCAGAUGCAAUUAAUAUGGCUGUGAGGUGCAAUGUGCCUAUACAAGUGAACAAGCAUCUUGCAUAUAGCGACGGAAUGAAGGUCGUUGAACCUAGCAAGGUGGCAGUGCAUGCCCCUUUAUCUGAUGGAUUACUAUUCACGGAACUUGACAGACCUGAUGGCCAACCUUGCUUGGAAACCAAAGAAUUUGACCUAGUUCGGAACAUGCUGAUUGCUGCUGUUGAAGAAAGAUACAGAGAUGCUGCACAAUGGAAAGACAAGCUUAUGCAACUCCGGGCCAAGAGAAGGAACUGGGCGUGACAAUGUAUCAGCUCCUCUGUUCAAAGGACCUGCAGUGUUCAUCUCUGUUGCACAUAAAACUGCUACAUUGAAGCGGCUUCAAUCCAGAACAUGUACAUAUUAAGCUACUGUUGAAAAGCUAAACAUUCAUCUUUUUUCUUGCAGCGGUCAGUAAAUAUGUAUAAGGCUACUAUAUAUAAAAAUGUCUGUGUAAGUAUCUGUCUGUAUAUAUAGUUCUCUAUAUAAAUAACUUAUAGUGUUGUGGAAACUUGUGUAAUAUAUCAUUUAGGUCUUCAUUUUGCGUA